CUCAAAGUCACCAGUGCAAUCGCCAUCACGUGCAAGAGUCGCAAGGCGUGCGCAUGCCGGCUGUGUUGCUCGAAGAUGGAUGAAAACGCUCAGAUUCAGGCGAAAUUCUUCACCAAGGAUGAACGGUACUCGGUGCCCGACACCCCGUUCUCAAUAUCCGGGAGCGCGACAUCGGAACAGUUGUCCUCCCUGAUUAACACUCUUCUGCGGGAGUCUUCGUCGGGCGACGCCGAGAGCGAUGGCGAGCCAACUUUCGACUUCUUGAUCGAUGGUGAAUUGCUGCGAGAAACCCUGCAAGAACACCUGGAAGCACACAAGAUACAACAGGAGAACAUUGUUCUUGUCGAGUACGUAGAAAAGUGUCCCCCUCCGCUGCCCGUUGAUACGCUCGUUCACGACGACUGGGUGAGCGCCGUCCACACCUCGGACGCCGGCAUUCUCUCCGGUUGCUACGACAACAGCUUGCACAUCUGGGAUCACGACGGCACGCGAAAACUUCUGAUACCGGGCCACGUGGGACCAAUCAAGUCAGUGAAGUGGGUCUCCGUUGGGGAACCCCUGUGCACCUUCGUGAGCGCCUCUCUCGACGAGACGGCGAUGUUGUGGCAGUGGGACAGGGAUAAGAACGCCGUCGAGUCGGUUCAGAUCUGCCGGGGUCAUGCGAGGAGCGUCGAAUGCGUGGACGUUAGCUGGGACAAGAGUUACUUCGCUACCGGCUCCUACGACCAGAUGCUGAAAGUGUGGAGCGCCGAUCCCAACAGCACGCAGUACGACCAAGCGAACGACGAGUCCGAGAGCAGCAGAAAGAAGCAGAAGACCAUCGACGGCAAGGCGAAGACGAGGGUUCCCGUGUUGACGCUGUCCGGACACCACGAAGCUAUCACGGGAGUUCAGUGGACUGACGACAAGGAGGUCGCGACUUGCUCUAUGGACCAUACCCUGCGGCUUUGGGACGUCGACUUGGGCGGCAUGAAGUCGCAGCUAGUGGGCUCCAAGGCGUUCCUAGAUAUCGCACAUUCCAGGACGAACAACCAGAUCAUUUCGGCCCAUACGGACAGGCACAUUCGCCUCUGGGACGUCAGGUCGAAGGACGGAGCUAUGGUCACGUGCACCUAUUCUUCUCACUUCGGCUGGGUGUCAUCGGUACACUGGGCCCCGGAAUCGGCUCACCACUUCGUUUCCGGAUCCUACGACGGUUUCAUGAAGCACUGGGACGUGCGCAGCCCCAAGGCGCCGCUGUAUGACAUGACGGGCCACGAGGACAAGGUGCUCGCCGUCGACUGGUCGCUCCAGAAAUACAUGAUAAGCGGUGGUGCAGACUGUCACAUGAAGAUAUUCGAAUUUCAGUAGCCAUAUUAAGGUACAUAUUGUCGCUCGAGGCAGCAAAAGCCGCUUCAGCAGUUGUGAAUAAAGCGGCAGAUUUCAUAUUUAUAA